ACCGAACACACAACAGCAGCAGCACCUUUUAUUUGUAGAGUGAGUGCGAGGGCAGCGCAUCCUCUGAUGCGUUUGUGAUUCACCUAUGAAACGAGUCAUCAAUUACUGAAUUUAUUUGUUUUAUUUCUUUUAGACGAGUAACGGCUGCUUGUUUGGAUAUUUAAAUGUGUCCCGCGUUAUUGUUUCGAGGUCUGUUACGUUAAUACAUGCUACAACUUAACAUGGGAACGACAUAUCUUGUUUAAUGUGUCUUUCUCGCUCAAUACGUCGUCGAUAAGAUGCCCUGUGGAUACAUUUCGCACUUUUGAAUUGUCCUCCGGAAGUGGAAAUCACUACACCAGCAGUAACUUAAGUUUAAAAGGGUCGAACAUUGUGUCCAAUCUUUGGAAGAAGAUGCAAAUGGAGACCUACAACUGCUGAGCUACUCCCUCUUUUCCUCUCCUCCUACAUAUCUUCCUUACCUUUUCCCCUCUUACUGAGAGAUGAGCUCAGAGGAGAAAAGUUCCACCAUGUCCCAGAAGAUCUCCUCUCCAUCUCACAGCAAUAGUAGUUCCUCCUCCAAACAUGACAGCCGACAGGACAGCUGGGAGAUCGUCGAGGGCUUGCGUGGUCGUCUGUCUAAUAUACAGGAACCAGAGAGGCAGGCGGGCUACAUGCUGAAGAAGAGGAAAUGGCCCAUGAAAGGCUGGCACAAGAGAUUCUUCUACUUGGAUAAAGGCAUUUUGAAGUAUGGCAAAUGCCCAGCUGAUAUCGAGAAAGGCAAGCUGCACGGCUGCAUUGACGUGGGUCUGUCCGUCAUGGCCAUUAAGAAGAAAGCCAAGUGUAUUGAUCUGGAUGCGGAAGAAAACAUUUAUCACCUGAAGAUCAAGUCCCAGGAGCUUUUUGAUGAGUGGGUCUCUAAGCUACGUCACCACAGACUUUACAGGCAGAAUGAGAUUGCCAUGUUCCCUCACGAGAAAAUGCUCUUCCACCCUCAUUACCCCCUCACCUUUUCCGCCACCAUACCUGACAGUCAGUCUAUGAGAAAGCGUGCCUCUCUCGCAAAGCAGUCCUCUUUCCACUCGCCUGUAUCUUUUACCAGUCAGGCCAAGGUGACCGCAUGGCUCCAGUCUUCUGAUGACAUGGACUGGUGCACCAAAGAGCUUUCAGUGUGUGAGGCACAGAUGCUGGAACUGAAUCACUUGUUAAGAAGUAUGGAGGUGUUGCACCGCACCUAUUCUGCUCCAGCCAUCAAUGCUCUGCAGGCUUCAACGUACGAUAGCCCAAAAAAAGAGAAAAGACAUCCAAGAAAGUGGCGGCAAAAAAAUUAUGGCAAAGACAACAAAACAACCCUGCAGGUUCCAAGCUGUAUCUCUGCAGGGUCUGUCCGUCUCCACGCAUCCAAUCCCAACCUCUCUUCAGUUGAGCUGACCAAUGAGAAGAGUUACCAUGAGCCCCUAGACUCAGCUAUAGAUGUAUCCAAACUGCAGGAAGACUUCUGCCGUGGGGCAAACAACCUUCAUGCAACUAUGAAGUCAGCCCUGAGCAUGCUGACAACAGAGAAAGAGAGACUCAAACAGAUGCUGGAGCUUGAGUCUUGUCCUUCCCCCUCGGCCCAGCUCCUGGGAUUGAAGAGUGCCCUGGCGGCUGCUAUAGCGCAGAAUGCUGAGCUGAGGGAGCGUCUAUGCAAGAUUCACGCUGAGUCGCAAAUUCCUGAGCCCUCCGUCCAUAUAAACCUUAGCCCUGGCCCCCUGCAGGUGGAGUGUUGUGAACAGUAUUCAAAGCAAGACUCCAGUGAUGGUUCCCACCCCCUUGUCCACCAGGCAUCCAAUGAGAGCAGAGCUUCCAUUGCAGAGUCUCUCUCAGAGUUCUUUGAUGCACAGGAAGUGCUGCUGUCAGCUAGUUCUUCUGAAAAUGAGCCUUCGGAAGAUGACUCAUAUAUCAGUGACAUCAGUGACAAUGUGUCCAUGGACAACUUCAGCAACAAGGCAGAGAAUGACAGACUUAAUACUGGUUGUGUAGAGAAUGGCGGUGCACAGCGGCGGUCGUGUCUUCCCUCUCCUAGUCCCAACACAAGUAACAUCAGCCUGUGGCACAUCCUUAAGAACAACAUUGGGAAGGACCUUUCAAAAGUGGCCAUGCCUGUUCAACUCAACGAACCUCUCAACACACUGCAGAGACUGUGUGAAGAAUUGGAAUAUAGCGAACUCCUCGACCGGGCCGCACACACACAGGACCCGUUUGAGCGCAUGGUAUACAUUGCCACAUUUGCUGUGUCUGGCUAUGCUGCAAGUUACUAUAGAGCAGGAGGGAAACCCUUUAAUCCAGUGUUGGGUGAGACCUACGAGUGCGACCGUCCAGACAAAGGCUUUCGUUUUGUGGCCGAGCAGGUCAGUCAUCAUCCCCCUAUAUCAGCAUGUCAUGCUGAGUCUAAAAACUUCAUCUUUUGGCAAGAUGUCAGGUGGAGGAAUAAGUUCUGGGGGAAGUCCAUGGAGAUUGUACCUGUAGGAACUACACAUGUGGUUCUUCCUGGUUUUGGGGAUCACUAUGAGUGGAAUAAAGUGACAUCAUGUAUCCACAACAUUCUCAGUGGUCAGCGCUGGAUUGAGCACUAUGGCGAAAUCUCUAUCAAAAACUCCAACAGUGAGAAAUGCCGGUGUAAAGUCACAUUCAUCAAGGCAAAGUACUGGAACUCGAGCAUGAAUGAGGUGGAGGGUGCAGUCACCGACCACAAAGGCAAGGUCGUCCACAAGCUGUUUGGUAAAUGGCACGAGGGUAUAUACUGUGGCACCCCACCCUCUGCUUCCUGCAUCUGGAGAACGAAUCCAAUGUCUCCAGACUAUGAGCAGUACUACGGUUUCACCAAGUUUGCUAUGGAGUUAAAUGAGCUUGACCUCAUUACCAAACCAUUUCUUCCACCCACAGACACAAGGCUACGACUUGAUCAGAGGUUAUUGGAGGAAGGGAACGUUGAAGCUGCAGAAGUGCAGAAACAGAGGAUUGAGCAGCUUCAGCGGGAGAGACGAAGAGUCCUGGAGGAGAAUCACAGAACACAUCAACCUCGAUUCUUCCAGAAGUCCAAAGAUGACACUUGGAUGAGCAACAACUCUUAUUGGGAGUUGAGGAAAGAUCCUGGAUUCAGCAGUCUUGACUGUCCGGUCCUCUGGUAACUCCGAGGCAGCCAAUAUUUGUCUGUGCUCACUGCUGCCUGCUCUUUUUUGUUCACUGCUGCCUGCUCUUUUUUUGUUCUGUCCAACGUUGCAACAUCAAGAGAAAACACCUCUUCAGGUGACAUCAAGACUGAUAAAGCUGAUGAAGAAAAACUGGCUGUUAAAUUUAAGAGUUUACAGAGGGAACCACACUAGUGCUUUGACUGAGAAUGCUAUAAUUUCAUAUCACAUCUUAAAGGAUUUAAAAAAAUUUUUUUUUAAAGAUUCUGUUGUCAUUUACUCACCCUCAUAUCAAUGCAAACCCAUUGCUUUCUUAUUUAGAACACAAAAGAACAUGUUAGGCAGAAAUGUGAUGGACACCCUCAUUGUCACUUUCAUUGUAUGGCAGAAAGACGCAAUGAAAGUGAAUGGUGACUGAGGCUUAACGUGUUCUUUUGUGCUUCACAGAAGAAAGACAGUCGUACAGUUUUCAAACAACAUGAAGGGAAAGUAAAUGAUGACAGAAUUGUAACUUUUUUAUUUAAUGUCCCAGUAGUUCAAUUACCUUAAUAUGGUUACAUUAUCUAUUAUUAUCUAGUUUAGUUUCUUUGAUUCCAAAUAGAUCCCUGAGAAAUGUAUGAGAAAUAUGCAAUCUUGGCCCAGUUCAUAUUCUUGUUUUGUUGCUGUCCACAAUGCAGUCAGAGCACAAGAAACAACACAAAAACUGGUGGGUUAGGAUCUCUUGUGGCUAAAUGUGGUACUGCAAAUAACAGAAGCGCACUUGGAAACUCAGCCCAAAACAUAAUGUUUAGUAUGUUGUUGUCAGAUCAAAACUGCGUUGUCUACCUCUGAAAAGGAAACUGUCAACUGUACAUUAGAGUAUGAAUUCCACAUCUGUCUAAUGCCUUAUUUACUAUUAUAUACUUAUGACUGAGUCUUUACUAGAACUUCUCAUCAAUUCAAAUGUAUCGCUACAAAGUAUUGUAAUUUUAUGAAAGCCUUUUAUUCUGAGAUUCUUGAAUGAAAAAGAGGUGACGUUUAAGAGUCUCUUAGAAAUAUUUAUAUUCAUCUUAACUUCUUCAGAAGACUGACAGAUGGCUCAUCAGUACUUGGCAUUACCACCGCACAUGUGAGCCUGGCAGUGUUUUAAAACUUCCACACAGUUCGACCUGUAACCUGUGCUCAUUUCACUCUGAACUACGACGAAAGCUGUUGGGGGACUGGGGGUACUUGCGUGUUGAACACUGCAGCGUUUCCUCUUUCCUUUAAUAAAGUCUAAUUUCAAAGAUCA